AUGUCUCAAAUACGUCUCUCAUGCAGGUCAACUGAUUUCGUUAACCCUUACCCCUCAACAUGGGUCAUCUUUAUACCGUCUUCUAGCAUCUCAUUCAUCAAAUUUCAUGCUUUGUAUUCCCGUUUUCUUUCAAUUUCGCAAUCUAUGCCUGUAGUUGGACAACCUCUCGGCGAACGAAAGACUUACUGCGGCUUAUUCUGCCCGACCUGGUUUCAUGAAGAUUGCAUCACGAAUGCCGCUCCGGAUACAGUCGAAGCUUGCCUGUCUCGACCCUUCUGGCAACGGAAUUGCACCAUGAAUGUCUUUCACCAAACAACUCGUGCACCAGCUCAUCGUCUUCGUCGGCCCCGAAGUAAGCUUCUCCAGUUACCAUGGGAGGUGCUUCGCCGAAUCAUGCUUUUCACAAUGGAUUCGUUAGAUGUGUAUGACCCUUCAACUCUGUGCGACCACCCGAGGCCAGGGGCCUGCAGUCAACACUGCAGGGAGGUGUUCUUGAAUGUCUCGAAUCCGGUUGCCCUUCAGAAUGGCCUUCGACUUGCACUAACAUGUCACGUCAUGCACUCAGUCUUUCAAGACGCCUUGACAGGCGUCAAGCUGGUCAGUUCAUGGCAAGUAAAACAGAAUACUCUGAUAGCGGCUUGCAAAAUUGCUGCCAACAACUUGAGGGCUGUACACGUCGAAUGCAGCGCUCCAGUUACCGCUGCUCUGACGGAAGUCAUAUCGCUGAGACCACCUGUUCGCCACUUCGUCCUCAUUGGAAUCAAUAUUUCAAAAGCAUUGAUGGCCGAUAUCAUCUUCUACGUGGGGAUCUCUUUGGAAAACCUCGUUGUCUCGGCCGCUCCAAGUCUGGAUGACACGGUUGUAGACCUCAUCUCAGAUAAAUGUGAGUCGUUGAGGCAUUUAGAGCUCGGAGGGUCUCGUCGUGUAUCUCGCAUGAGUUUGAUUCGGUUGUUCACAAGAAUAGGAAUCAACUUGUGCGGAAUUGAAAUGAAUUCAGUCCAUCACGAAUCACUCAACGAAGACGUACUUGCAGCUAUUGGGCAGUAUUGCAGCAAGCUGACAUGUAUCCGUCUAAAAAACCUUCCAUGGGUAUCGGAUGUUGGUAUGGCAGGUUUUUUGAAACAGCGCGCACAGCAGUUGAAAGAGUUGCGAAUCGUUGAUUGUCACAGGGCAUCGUUUCGCAUUCUUUGCUUUUUUUGCAAACGCAGCACUGUGCUUGAGAAGCUUCAUUUCUCAGUACAAAAGGGAUCAUGGAUUCCGCUCCGAAGGCAGAUGGAAGCGGGGUACAUAACAUCAUCAGACGAGGAGAGAGUGGUCGAGUACACAGAAGAUGAUAUUUAUUUAAGUGGAGGGGAGAAAGCGUUAGUGCGGCUAUCUCGCAAAUGCCGACAUUUGCACCAUCUUACUAUCUCUGAUAUUAGCGUUUCUGACGCAGCUCUAAGCUGCAUUUCUAAAGCGAGUGGACCCUCAUUGAGGUAUUUGAACAUCCGACAUUGCUAUUCCCUCGGAAAUGCAACUCUCCUCAGUUGGGCGAAACACUGUCGGUCACUCAUUUCUCUCGACAUCUCAUAUCUUCCAAUGGUGGAAGAUUCCGCUUUUGAGGAGCUACUGCGUGCGCUUCAAGACUCGUUAGAGGAAUUGCAAAUUCUUGGAUGCACCGGACUGACCAAUAACGCAAUUCAAAACAUCAUACCUCGAUAUGGCAGACGCCUGCAAGUCGUAAGGCUUUCCUACUGCAACUUCUCGAUGUCAGCUCUCUCUUCUCUCAAAGAGGCUUUACCUCGGGUAACUCUAUUCGCGUCUCGUAAACCCAGUGCUGCUGCUUUCUUCAAGCAGUCCAUAACAUGGGGUCGAUUGGGGAUGCGAGCAUCGGUGUGGAGCAGGAACAAGGUGAUUUUCAACAGCAUCCACGGAUCCCCCGUGGAAAGAGCUCCCGGAAAAGAGCUCGUCACAAUCGACCUGAGAGAUGGAGAAACUGCGGCUGCUAGAUAAGCUUGCUUUGCUGUGUCUGCAUCACAUUCCAUUCCUAGGCCAAUUUCGAAACAAAAGCCAGACCAUAGGAGACAUGUCAGUGAAUUUCGUGCAAUUCCCAUAGCGAGGAGGUUGAGACAAGAUGCAUAGCUCCUCUCGCCAAAAGUGCCGUCCAUCCAACACAGUGCGCGGAUCUCAAAAGCUUCAACUGAUCCUUGAAGCAUUGCCUGACGCAGCAUGUCACGAGCCUUUUCUGGCUGCGAUCUUACGCCGAUGCCGAAAAUUUGUGCUACAGCAUUGGCAACUAGAGAGUCUGGACAGCCUGUUUUCGCUGCUGCUUCGUAGUAUUUGUAAGCGUUUCUCAAGUUUUGAACACUAGAAGAAGUGUCGACGUAGCGGAACUCGAAGCCUAGUUGGGCCAGACGCGUCCUAUCAGCUGCCAUUCGAUAUACUUGCGGACUCGAUGGAGUUGGAGCAGUGCAGUUCACCUUUUCGGGCGUGAGCUGGCGGUUGUUAGAGACCUGUUUGUCUGUCUCAAACUUGUUUGGGCCAGGGUCCUUAAUACGACUGUCCCUGAGGGGAAUGCCUUUGAAUUUCCCAGCACAUGGCGAUGUGCUUUGAGGCGCAGUGUCUUGUUCUGAUGCGGAAUUGUGUUCAGUUGUGGACGUACAAUCUCCAUCGCUGAGCUCUGAACCGGGAAAGCGCAAGGAAUCGAUAGAUGCAAGGCUCCAUCGCGACGAUUCUGAGCCGAAGUUGGAAUCAGAAGUUGCGAUUCCGCUGGUCGCUGCUUGUAAGGCACCCAGAACAGAGGCACUGGUGAUUCGAUUCCUUGUAUCCUCUUCUUCCAUUGUGAUCAAUCGAAGCCUGUCCAUAGAACACAAUAACAGCUAAGCCCAGGAACAAUGCGUACAGUGAUGAUGAAGACUACGCUGUUCGGCACUCCUUUCACGCAACCCUUUGGCCUUGAAGUACUUGUUAAACAAGUUCACAUUUUGAGAGAGCUGUUCUCGGGAAGGCUGCUAUCACGACCAAUGUGAAGAAGUGAUCAUGUUAAAAACUAUGUCGUUCGCCUACGCAAACAGUGAACUUGCUCUUUUUGUGACAUGAAUUUUUGAUAAAAUCUUGUAACGAGGAGAUCCCUUGUCCACGUCU